AUGCGUGUUAUAAAUGCAUGUCCGAUUGCGGCGCUCUUUCCGGCGGCCGCUUUAUAUAGCGCGGGAGAAAAUAGCGGGCAGACGCGGCGCGAGCAACGCCGGGUAAACAGUUUAGUGGACGGAAAUAGACCGCCGCUUGUAGAUCUGGAGCGGCGAGGAGUUAGUUGGAUUUUAUGGCUGCACUAUUUCAGGCGGACGGUGCGGGGCCACUGGGACCGCCUGAUGGAUGCGGUUGCACCCAACAGUUUC